CCUACCGCGCAAUCUCCAUCUAUUUCAGCCCUGGCGCAGCCGCAUCAUGGAACCCGGCAGCGUUUUGGACUGGAAAGAUGCUGUUGUCUGCAUGUUGACAGCAGCCGUGUUGUGAAAGCUGCAUUGCUUCCAUUGCGUUGACGUUUUAUUGCAGCAGGAAAAAAGCUCCAAGACGUCAAGAUAGGCUGCAACAGGGCCGCUAAGCCUGUCGUAGCUGCUGCCUUUUUUGCAUUAUUAUCAUGCUAACCUCCCAGCUAAUGGUAGCUUACAUUCUACGCCCACUUGUACGUGCGAUCGUCAGAAUGGAAUAACAACGUUAUUACCAUGCGAGCUCCGUGCAUUGAAUAAAAUCACCACCGAAUGGUUAGCAAGCCACCCGGCAAGCUAAAUGUAGGACCUGGCUAGCAUCGUUAGCUUAGCUUAGCAGUAAACAGGCAACCGGCGGGUCGUUGAGGACCUUACUGCAAUUGUUUGGCGCGCUUAAAUGGAGCUAGGUUUUGUAAGCAUAUUUCCAAAGAAGAUUUAGUUUUGGAAUUGCUUUAGUGGCUGAUUUAGCUGGUUGCUCAUGUAAACAUCGGUUAUAACGUUAGGUACACCCGAUGAGUACUAAAGGUGGGCGAUACUACCUGUACCGAUACUUUUUUACUUGGCCAUUAUUCAAAGAUCGUUAAUUUAUUGAUUAUGAAUACAAUCACGAUAAAAUACAGGACAAAGGUUUGGGUUUGUUUUAUCAACACACUUGUGAAAAACAAUCCGAGACCAUGUAACAUUAUCAACAAAUAAACACGACUCCCUUUCAUUACAUACAAAUGUAACACAACAAGACACCGAUAUUUGAAAAUAAACUCUCGUAUUGAUACUACCCUGGUAUCAAUAAUAUCGAUUUGAAGAACUAUCACAAGAGCUGCAACAAAAAUUCCACUGUAAAAAGCUCAUUUGUGGUUGAAACAAAAGUCUCUUUUUUUUAUUUUUGAUGAUAUUUUUUUCACUCGCUUGCAGAUAUACUCUCCUGAGCGAAAUCUUGGGACUGAUAUUAAGAUGUUGUUCAGGAGUAGCAUACUGAAUGCGCUGUGAACGCUCUUCUGCUCACCGCUCUUACCAUAUCUUAAUUAUUGUCUGAGGAUAUGGGGGAAUAAUUGUAAAAAAGUACACUUAAUUCUCUUAACCAUGCUGCAAAAAUGUUAUUGGGGAUCGUAUGUUAUGUCAGAUACCGAGAACACACAAACCCCCAUUCUAAUAUGAAAAAAUAUUGAAAUUCAAACACCUAAAAUCAUGCACAAAGCCAACAACAACCUGCUCCAUGAUAAUGCACAGGUCUUUUCAGGGGAAAAACUUAUUGUGUGGAGUCUCAGUAGGGAUCUCAAUGGACUUAAUAUGAGUCAGUUAAAGGAACAGGUACAAGAAUUUUGUGUUUACAAGGCACCAUAGAUGCAAUUGUUAAAUGUGAGUCCCAUUGAAUUUAUGGAUUUAACCUCUACAGUGAUUCCGACACACAUGAUGCGCACUUACGUAGUCAUGGAAUAACCAUGCAAUUAAUGCAUAUCUGACUGAGAUGUUAGUUAUUGCUUAAUUUAUCCAAUUUUCCAUCUUCUUUCAUGAUAAUAUGCAUUGUCAGUCUUUGUAACCAGCUGCCAUGGAGGAUCACGCCGUUCACCAGACAGAACACAUGACCACCAUCGAGGCCAGUGCCGUCAGCCAACAGGUGCAUGUGACAACCUUUGCCGAUGCAUCCAUGAUGAGCGCUGACGAGGACUCCACUUCCUCGCCCGAUGAGGACCCGUACGACGACACGGACAUCCUCAACUCGGCCGGGAACGAUGAGGUGACCGCCCACCUGGCUGCAGCAGGCCCCGUUGGCAUGGCCGCAGCUGCCGCCGUGGCAACCGGCAAGAAAAGAAAGAGGCCCCACAUCUUUGAAUCCAACCCUUCCAUCCGUAAGAGGCAGCAAACACGGCUCCUCAGGAAGCUGAGGGCCACGCUGGACGAGUACACCACCCGAGUAGGCCAGCAGGCCAUCGUGUUGUGCAUCUCGCCAUCCAAGCCCAACCCGGUCUUCAAGGUGUUUGGUGCUGCUCCUCUGGAGAAUGUGGUGAGGAAGUACAAAGGCAUGAUGCUGGAGGACCUGGAGAACGCCCUGGCGGAGCACGCCCCCGCCGGAGGAGAGCUGGCCUCCGAGCUGCCCCCCCUCACCAUCGAUGGCAUCCCGGUCUCCGUGGACAAGAUGACCCAGGCCCAGCUGAGAGCCUUCAUCCCGGAGAUGCUGAAGUACUCGACGGGCCGAGGCAAGCCCGGCUGGGGCAAGGAGAGCUGUAAGCCCGUGUGGUGGCCCGAAGACAUCCCCUGGGCCAACGUGCGCAGUGACGUGCGCACUGAGGAGCAGAAACAGAGGGUGUCCUGGACGCAAGCGCUGCGGACCAUCGUGAAAAACUGCUACAAGCAGCACGGCCGCGAGGAUCUGCUAUACGCCUUUGAGGACCAGCAGAUCACCACCGCGACCACCCAGCACCACCUGGCCACCACGCAGAGCAUCGCCCACCUGGUGCCGGCACAGACAGUGGUGCAGACGAUCAACAACCCCGACGGGACCGUCUCGCUCAUCCAGGUCGGGACGGGACACACAGUCGCGACGUUGGCCGAUGCCUCGGAGCUGCAGGUCAACUACUCCACGGUGGCGGACGGCGAGGUGGAUACAAACUGGGCGACCCUGCAAGGUGGCGAGAUGACAAUCCAAACCACGCAGGCCUCUGAGGCCACACAGGCGGUGGCGUCGCUGGCUGAGGCCGCCGUCGCCGCCAGCCAGGAGAUUCCGACGGGAGCCACCGUUACCAUGGCGCUCAACAGCGAGGCGGCAGCCCACGCGGUAGCAACACUGGCCGAAGCCACUCUACAAGGCGGGGGUCAGAUCGUCCUGGCUGAGACGGCGGCUGCUGUCGGGGCGCUAGCAGGCGUUCAGGAUGCAACAGGUCUGGUCCAGAUCCCCGUCAGCAUGUACCAGACGGUGGUGACCAGCCUGGCGCAGGGCAACCGGCCCGUGCAGGUGGCCAUGGCGCCGGUGGCGACGCGCAUCGACAGCACGGUGACGCUCAACGGCCAGGCGGUGGAAGUCGUGACCCUGGAGCAGUGAUGCAGUCCCUUACUGUGUUGUACAUUUUUUUAAUUCCCGGCGUCGUCCUUGUGUUUAGGUAUUUAUUUCCUCCUUAACUCUAAACGAACCAAAACGGCUAAACCUGCACUCCUUUCCUUUGUGCUUGUUAUCAUCAUGGCGACACAAUGCAGCUUUUUCACGUGUACUCAGGAAGUACAUUAUUUUUUUAUGGAAAGUUUAUUUGCAAUAAAUGUCAAAACACACAAACAGCAACACAUAUUUUCACAUUUCAGUCUUGUUUUAUGAACUUAUUGUGAACCAUCCACGUGUUGUACAGAUUGUAAUGAGGAAUAUUUGUCAUUUUUUGUUUAGAUGCGACAUGAAAUAUACAAUAAAAUGAAAUAAAAAAUGAAAGAUGAUUGGUGAUAUGUUGUAACAACUUUAGUUGACUUUUUGUACCUUUUUCCCUUCGUUUCCUGCCUACAAAAAAACACCAUAACCUCCACGUUCUCCUCCCUGCCGUGACAGUCAGAUUACAUCAUAAGCCGCCACAACCUCCUCGGCUUUAAAGCCCGGGAUUUGCUGGCUGGCGGGGGCCCUUCUGUUGCGCACACACACACACGAGGACAGAGGCGCUCGGACCUUAAUCUAUCAGGCAUCAUCCUACAUCCCCGCUUCCUCCAGAUUAAAACCCUCAGGCACUGAUGAAACCGCUCAUAUUUAGACAGAAUAUGGUGCAAAAGCAGCAGGAACGUCCAUUGCAAACAACAACAAAAAAGGCCUUUUAGCUCCACUUAACUCAGCACACAGGAACCUUUUCUGCACUAAACAUCACUUGUUGUAAAAAGCUGACUUUUUCCUAUGGAGUUCUUUACAGGAUGCUGGGAGCCGACUGGACGUCAUUAAAAAGCAUCCAA